CCCAGUCGGCAGCAGCGCCCAGCAUGAGGGGCUUCGUUCUCUUACUGGCUCUUCUCAUACCAGGAGAUGUGGCGCGAGCGACCGCCGAGCCGGAGGUGCUGACGUGCUUCCACUGCGGCGACGAGGCGCAGGACGGGGAGCCGCCUUGCAACACGCAGCCGCCUCAGGUGGCCAUCUGCCCUGAGGCCAACUACUGCCUCAAGAUACUCUUCCAAAACGGGUCCGUCCAGCGCGGCUGCGCGCCACGGGCGACGGCGUGGGGGCGUCGCGUGCGGGUCGGCUGCGUGGAGCCCGUGCGCGAUGAUACCAGCGUGCUGCGAUACUGCGCCUGCGACACGCACCUCUGCAACGGAGCGCCGCCACAGCCGACCGACAACUUGCUGCUGCUGGUUUUGUUAUUCUGGGCCUGUCUGCUGUUCUUCACGGGCGGACAAUAACCAGCCGCGUGCAGUACCCUCCGUGUCUAAUUACUGUGUAGCGGUUAACACCUCUGCUUGCAAACUUGACUCCAAGAUUUCGAAGCCCAUAAGGUAACUGAAAACCAGACUUUACCUACUGAAGUGCCAACGGCGCCGUCGUCUAAUAACAACUUUCUACAAGUACUGGGUGGCUCAGUGCUUAUGUCAUAACCAGAAAUUUUUCUACAUAAAUGACAACUUUCAGGGUAGGUGGUGUUAGGAGUAUGAAAAUUUUCCGCGCUAAUACGCAAUUGUUGCGUGAAUUACCUUAGAAAUCUGAACAUUUGAGCCCGUCCACGGAAGGUCGACCGAUGAACAUUUAGCUCUAUACUGACUGAAAUGGCUUUUCGCUGCAGCGUACGUCUACAUGGAAACGUGACUUCGUGCCAAGCUCCUUAAGUUGUCAGCAUCACAGCCCCGCUGGACUCUGCCGCAGGUUUACAGUGCGCCAGUAUAUUAUCCCCCGCCUGGUACAACAGUGUUCAUGUGGUUAUGUUGGAUUCCCACUGAGGGGAUCGGAUUUAUAUCAGGAGAACUUCGGACAACACAACACCACGGUCUUCUAACAUAUCGAAAUUGCUCGUAUUAUAAACAACAUUAGACACAGCUAAGACGAACUCUGUUUUUUCUAAAUACGAAAGCCUCACAAACGCCCUAAUCGUUUUAGAUCAACAUUCUCUCUCUCUCUCUCUUUUUCUCUUUUUUUACACACACACACACACACACACACACACACACACACACACACACACACACACACACACACACACACAGAUGAAA